GUUCCAGAGUUUCUCAUCACCGCCUUUGAAUCUCAUAUAUACUUUCAUAUAACAAACUCUUUCGAGACACACGACACCUUUUCCGUAUUCAACAUGGUAGCAAUGAAGAGACAACGUGGUAACGAAGGAUCGGAGAACUUAGAUUUGGCAAAGUGUCUUAUGCUGUUCUCUUGUCCUGAAGAAAGCAACAAAGCGCAAGAGAAAGGUUUUGGAUCUCUGGAAUUUGAGUGCAAGACGUGCAACCGCAGGUUCUCAUCUUUUCAAGCACUGGGAGGGCACAGGGCAAGCCACAAGAGGCAGAAAGUUGAAGGGGAAGAACUGAAAGAACAGGGAAAAAGUCUUAGCUUGUGGAGCAAACCCAAAAUGCACGAGUGUUCCAUCUGUGGCCAAGAAUUCUCUCUGGGGCAGGCUCUGGGAGGACACAUGAGAAAACACAGAGGUAUCAGCAACGAAGGCUUUGUUCCUAUUCCUUCCAUCGACCAAGUUAUUGCGAAAUUCCCAGUUCUGAAAAGGUCCAACAGCACCAGGGUUACGUGCUUGGACUUGGAGUUACACCUGUAGAAAAUAAUCAUCUUCCUUCUCAUACUUUUUCUAACAUUUUCCCCGAUACAUGUAUUCUUUCAAUCUUUUCUGUAAAUUCAUUCGUUUUUUUUCCCUUGUAGAUGAUUUUUUUAGGCUCCUA